UUCGCACGUUCGCCAGUCUACAAACGACAACAAUCAUGACAGGUCGCGGAAAAGGCGGGAAAGGUUUAGGCAAAGGAGGCGCGAAACGUCACAGGAAAGUCCUCAGAGAUAAUAUCCAGGGCAUAACCAAACCUGCCAUCCGAAGACUGGCCAGGCGAGGUGGUGUGAAAAGAAUAUCUGGAUUAAUAUACGAAGAAACUAGAGGCGUUUUGAAGAUAUUCUUGGAGAAUGUGAUUCGCGACGCAGUCACUUACACAGAGCAUGCGAAAAGAAAAACUGUGACAGCAAUGGAUGUUGUGUAUGCUUUGAAACGCCAAGGUCGCACGCUCUAUGGAUUUGGCGGUUGAGAGUGCAAAAUGGAAAGUUUAAAUUAAAUUAUGAAGUAGUAGUAAUGGAUCCUUUAGUUAUUUAUUUAUUGUGAAAAAACAAGACAAGGCCCUUUUCAGGGCCGCA